CUUGCUUUAGUUUCAGAUAUAUGACACACUCUUUUUAUCUUUUCAGGCUACAACGAUGGACUCUUCAUCAGCAAGAUGGUUAUCUGAACUGGGAAUGGACGAGUACGACCUCAUCCACCAAUGUCAUGUCAACUCUUUAGCUGAAUUUAAUACCGGAGAAGAUAUGGCGGCGCCAGUCCUUCUCGGUGCGGACUUGAAGCGAUCAUUUUCCUCCGAGAGCUACUCUUCUUUCCCUAAUUUCAACACCAAAAGCGGCAGCGUAUCCUCCAUUGAAGCUUCGUACAGACCGACCAAACAGCUCAAAAUCAGCGGCAGUUGGAACUCGAGCACCACAACCGAGCAUGUUCCGGUUCCAAAGAAACCUUCCUCUCCCACUUCUCAGAGUAUUUCGUUCGAGAAACCAGCUUCACCGCCGGCAAAUUACAACGCUUUGAAGCCUAAAGUCGAGACUGUAUCUUCAGCAAAUAUGAACUUUUCGCAUAUAAUAGCACAAGGUCCAUUUCAGAAGACAAAUUAUGCUUCAAAAAACAAUAACCAAUCGAUCGAAAGGAGUUACUCAAUGAGUAGAAGCCCUUCACAUGCUCAAGAUCAUAUAUUGGCCGAAAGAAAAAGAAGAGAGAAGCUUAGCCAGCAUUUCAUAGCUCUUUCCGCAAUCGUUCCUGGUCUGAAGAAGAUGGAUAAAGCUUCGGUUCUUGGAGAAGCCAUCAAGUACGUGAAACAGCUUCAAGAACGUUUAAAAGUGCUGGAGGAGCAUACUAAGAACAGAAGUGUGGAAUCUUUAGUUUUCGUGAAGAAAUCCCAUUUAUCAGCCCAAGAUAAAUCAUCUUCAUGUGAAGAGAACUAUGAAGGACAAUAUUCGGACGCUGCACUGUCAGGGAUUGAAGCUAAAGUCUACGAUAAUAAUGUUCUUAUUCGAUUUCAUUGCCAGAACGGGAAAGGGUUGGUGACUCAAGUAUUAUGCGAAAUUGAGAACCUUCAUCUAUCGAUUGUUAAUAGUAGUAUCUUGGCUUUUGGGAACUCGACUCUUGAUAUGACCAUAAUUACUCAGAAAGAUGAUGGAUUCAACAUGACAAUGAAGGAUCUGGUUAAGGAGUUAAGAUUGACUUUAUUAAAGUUCAUUUAACAUAAGUCUUCAAGGCUAAUAAAUUCGCUUCUUCUUAGACCAUAACUUGUUUUCUUCUGUAAUUUUUUU